AUGGGGCAGACUUUAUGGUUUGAAAAGCUACUUGAAAAAGCACAUGUGCCGGCUAUGUUUUACAAUAUUCCAUCGAGAGCAGGAGUGAGUCUUCACGCCGAAACUGUACGCAACUUAUCCAGCCACGAAAAAUUUUGGGCUAUCAAAGAUUCAAGUGGCACCAUUGAUACUUUAGCUCAGUAUAAGAAAGUUGCUCCAAAUAUUGAGGUCUUUUGCGGAGAUGAUAAUAUGAUAUCUGAUAUGGCCGCUUAUGGUGCGGCUGGUCUGGUUUCCGUUGCUUCCAAUGUUUGGCCACAUGUAGCACAUGAAUAUGUUAAGCAAUGCCUACUGUCAUUCCAGCACGUAACUAGAAAAAAAACAACUCCUCAAAUAACAGGAAAUGACAUGAAAAGUUCAACAGAUAUCUGGCAACAAGCUUGCAAAGCUCUAUUUAUUGCCAGCAACCCAAUACCCACUAAAGCACUUUUGCAUGAUAUUGGUCUUAUAGAAUAUCAAACUGUCCGCCUACCACUCAGCACAGAAGACUUGCCAUCUAUUGAAAAAUUGAGGCAAGCCAAUAAAAUGAUUCUUGGAUGGAAAGAAUUGGCUACUCUCUAA